UUCGCCAAUCAAGAAAAGAAAUCACUCUGGGCACAUUUGCUUGUGAUUAUCACUCUACUUCUUUACUCACUGGCUAGUACCAAGUCCAAAGCAAAGGUGGAAAAUCAAGUCUCAGGACUGCUCUUCUGGGAGACACGUCUGCCACCACCUCCUGCUGUCAGAAGCCAUAAUUUUAAUGGAUUAGUCUCCAUGGAAAUCCUGAGUGCUAAAACAUCCAACAAAAUUGAUGCUAGUCACCAUGGAGAUACUGCUCAAUGCCAAGUGUUUUCGGCGCUUAGCAAUUUCUGGUUUUAUGAGAGCUUUUCAUAGAGAUUACAGAACAGCAAUCCCUCAGAAUUUCUCCAACUAUGAGUCCAUGAAACAGGACUUCAAACUGGAGAUUCCAGAGUAUUUCAACUUUGCUAAAGAUGUCCUGGACCAGUGGACCAAUAAGGAGAAGGCUGGACAGAGACCUUCCAAUCCAGCCUUCUGGUGGAUAGAUGAAAAUGGAGAUGAAGUAAAGUGGAGUUUUGAGGAACUGGGAUCUUUGUCCAGGAGAUUUGCCAAUAUUCUUACAGAAGCCUGUUCCCUGAAAAAGGGAGAUCGAGUAAUCGUGAUUCUGCCUAAGAUCCCAGAAUGGUGGCUUGCCAAUGUGGCCUGUUUGCGAACAGGGACAAUUAUUAUUCCAGGAACUACUCAGCUGACCCAGAAAGACAUCUUCUACCGACUACAGUCUUCAAAAGCAAAGUGCGUUAUUACUGAUGACACAUUGGCCCCAGCAGUAGAUGCAGUUGCACCUAAAUGUGAAUAUCUCCACUCCAAGCUAAUUGUGUCCCAGAACUCCAGAGAGGGCUGGGGGAACCUCAAGGAGAUGAUUAAACACGCCAGUGACAGCCAUGCCUGUGUGAAGACAAAACACGACGAGACGAUGGCCAUUUACUUUACCAGUGGAACAACUGGACCUCCUAAAAUGAUCGGACACACCCACACCAGUUUUGGUUUAGGAUUAUCUGUAAACGGAAGGUUCUGGCUGGAUUUGACGCCCUUGGACGUGAUGUGGAAUACCUCAGACACAGGCUGGGCAAAGUCUGCGUGGAGCAGUGUUUUCUCUCCAUGGAUCCAAGGAGCAUGCGUAUUUGCACAUCACUUGCCCCGUUUCGAGUCAGCUUCCAUCUUACAAACACUCUCCAAGUUUCCCAUCACUGUCUUCUGUUCAGCACCAACCGCAUACCGAAUGCUUGUACAGAGUGAUAUGAGCAGCUAUAAAUUCAAAAGUUUGAAGCACUGUGUGAGUGCUGGGGAGCCAAUCAACCCAGAAGUGAUUGAACAAUGGAGAAACAGGACGGGCCUGGAUAUCUACGAAGGAUACGGACAGACAGAAACGGUGCUAAUCUGUGGAAAUUUUAAAGGAAUGAAAAUUAAGCCUGGCUCAAUGGGAAAACCUUCUCCUGCUUUUGAUGUUAAGAUUUUAGAUGAAAGUGGCAAUAUUCUACCUCCUGAACAAGAAGGAGAUAUUGGAAUUCAAGUUCUACCUAACCGACCAUUUGGCCUUUUUAGUCAUUAUAUAGAUGAUCCUUCAAAAACAGCUUCAACUCUACGAGGCAACUUCUAUAUCACAGGUGACAGAGGGUAUAUGGAUAAAGAUGGAUAUUUCUGGUUUGUUGCGAGAUCGGAUGAUGUCAUAUUGUCCUCUGGUUAUCGGAUUGGGCCAUUUGAAGUAGAAAGUGCCUUGAUGGAGCACCCUUCGGUUGUAGAGUCAGCUGUUGUCAGCAGUCCUGAUCCCAUCAGAGGAGAGGUAGUAAAAGCUUUUAUUGUUUUGAACCCUGAUUACAAGUCACAUGAUCAAGAACAACUAAAAAAGGAGAUUCAGGAGCAUGUAAAAAAAACGACAGCACCUUACAAAUAUCCCAGAAAGGUAGAAUUUAUUCAAGAGCUGCCAAAGACUAUUAGUGGGAAGAUAAAAAGAAAUGAACUGAGGAAGAAAGAAUGGAAAACAAUUUAAAUUCAUUCCAUUAUCACAGUACAUAUAAAACAAACAUGGUGUCUAUAAAUCUGUAGAAACCACAAAUUUAGGAAGAGGGGAUUUUAAAAAAUGUGACAGUAUUCUUAUAAACUAUUGAUUUAAAAUAUUUUGUAAUUAUAACAUCAGAGGCUGAAUUUUAAAUUAAAUAUUCAAUAGAUUCCUAUGUACUAGUGUCAAUGUUUCUAUAAUUUGGCAACAUAAAAAGAAUGUCAUCAAUUGCUCAGGAAUUAUUUUGAUACUUCUUUUUUGUAGUACUAGGGGUCAAACCCAGAGUAACACAUGCCAGACAAGUGCUCUACCACUGAGCUAUAUACCCAGUCCACAGAAUUCUUAAAUGUCUGGUUUAGAAGCAGUUUCUAUCAAUCGAUCAAAUCUCUGCCCCAUGGGUUUUUAAGCCUUAGUUAAAUAAUUCCAGUAUAUGAAUAUACAAAUUAGAACCAAUCUUUAAGGCUUGAACAAAACUAAACAACUUACAAUUUUUUAAAAGUAAAAAAUAUCAGUGAGGAGAUUAUCAUAAUUCUCAAAGUAUCUACCUGAAAAUAGACUAGGGAUUUUUAUUAGUCAUAUUUUAUUUAAAUAAUUUAAUAGCUUCUAAUUUGUUUCAAGAUCUAACUACAAAAAUGGACAUCAUGUACUAUUAUUGCUUAUUAUAUUUAGCGUAAGAAAUAAAUUUAUAAAUUUUUUUUUUUUUUUUGUGGUGCUGGGGAUUGAACCCAGGGCCUUGUGCAUGCGAGGCAGGCACUCUACCAACUGAGCUACAUAACCAGUCCCCUAUAAAAUAGGAAGUAUGAAACUCAGUGAACAUUAAUAUGUGAGAUAUGAAUAAAAUUGUGUAAGAUAGUAUCAGAAUGUUCAUGUGUGGAAAUUUAAGGAAUAAUUAGGAGUCAUUAGGAGAUAAUUAGGAAUAAUUAGGAGACAAUUGUUAAGCAAAUGGUGAAUAAAAGGUUAUGAAAUAUAUUUUCUCUUUGUGUGUGUAACUGCUCCAGUACAGCCUACAUAAUUCCGAUAUGCUAAGUCUCCAAAACUUGUAGCCCUAUACUUUAUCUUUCCUGCACUAAAAGUCACAAAAAAGCUGUCCUAAAAGUAAAAACAGCUUAACUACAAAGAAAGUUUAUCAAUUCCUCAUUGAAGGUCUGAGUCUCAAAGAAUUUUUAAUAGGAAAACAAUUAUUGUCACGAACAUGGCUUGUUACUGGAGAACUCAAAGUGAGUCCCCCUGUGGAAUGAGACAGAACUAGGCUGUUGGCUUUUUCCUUUUGAAGUGUUUGUUCCCAUUUAAAAUAACCACAACACUUUCUGUUUUCU